GUCGUUUAACGUUUAUCGUUUAUCGUUGCGCGUUGCACGUUACACGUUACUUUGAUUGAUAUAAAUACUAAAUAUAUUUAUUAACAAGACGCAGACACAAAGUGCACACCGUAUUCUACACACAUCAAGUUCCCCCCCCCUGACAUUGAAGUGCGCCCGCGUGUGUGUGAGUGUGUGUGAAAGAUUUGACCAGAUCUUAAAUGCUCUGUCCGCCCACAAUGCGUCCGGCCAGCCCUGCCGAAUCCGAGAUUUCCGUCGGCGGUGCACCCAGCCCGCUGCCGGCCCAACAUCAGCAUCAGCAUCAGCAUCAGCAUCAGUUGCAUCAUCAGCUGCAUCAUCAUCCGCAUCAGCUGCCACGCGGCGGCACCAUCGAUCUGCUCCAGCAACAGCAGCUGCUGAUGCAACAACAUGCUGCUGCCGCUGCGGCGGCCGCUGCUGCCGCCGGACUGACGCGCAGCGCCGUCGGCACACUGCCGGAGGAUUACUUCCAGCCGCUGAAGCGUCUGCGCAUGUCCUCCUCCUCAUCGGAGCCGCGCGAUCAGACGCCCAGUCCACCUGCAACCCAACCAAAUCCAACUGCCACGGCAGCCGCUGGCAAUGCGGGCAGCACAAAGUCCGCCAUCGAGGGCGUCAAGAGCUUCUCGAUUGCCGACAUUCUGGGCCACUCGGAGAAGCAGCGCUGUGCGUCCAGUUCGCCACCGCCGACUGCCACGCUGCUGGCGCCGCCCGCUGCCCGGCCCGUUGCGGGUUUGCUGCAGUCGCAGCGCAGCGAACCGCUGGACAUGCAUCCGGCUGCGGCUGCCAUGCUGCUGCCCGGGGCACAGAUUGUGCGUCCGUGGGAUCAUCUGCUUGGGCCGAUGCCCGUCCGGCCGUUCAUACCCUCCGCCCUGCUGCACUACGAGCAGCGUUUGGCCCUGGACUAUCAUCGCCAGCUGCAGGAGCACUUCAAUGCCCAGGCCCAGCUGCUGCGCCACAUGGGCAUGGACAUCAUACCCUCCGAGAGCGGCUCGGAUCGCUCCAGCUCCGCGGCCAGCGACUGCUGCUCGCCGGAAAUAGCACGCGACUCGGCCGCUGCCGCCGCCAGCGCUGCCCUGCGUCGCAGCCACAGUCCACAGUCCUCGUCGCAAGCGGCCCAGGCGGAGCGUGAGCGUCAUGCAUCCGGCGGCUCGGCCAAGGCCAAUGGCACGCCGCUCGACGCGCUCUUCCAGAUGACCACCAAGGACUUCGAUGAGUCACAAGACAAAUCGCACUUGGACAUAUUCUCGAACCGACCGCAGCCGAAGAAGAAGCGCAAGUCGCGCACCGCCUUCACCAACCAUCAGAUCUUUGAGCUGGAGAAGCGCUUUCUCUAUCAGAAAUAUCUGUCGCCAGCGGAUCGGGAUGAGAUUGCCGCCUCGCUGGGCCUGUCGAAUGCGCAGGUGAUCACUUGGUUUCAGAAUCGUCGCGCCAAGCAGAAGCGCGACAUUGAGGAGCUGAAGAAGGAUUUCGACAGCGUCAAGGUCUUCUCGGCGCACAAAUCCUUUCUGGAGAAUGUCAACGAUCUGAGCAUACUCAAGAAGAAGCCCAUGCAUGAGGCGGACAUGGUUGGUCUCGCUGCGGCCGCAGCUGCCGCUGGCAUGGUCGGCGUCGGCGUCGGCGUGGGCGUGCCCGUAUCCGCCGCCCAGUCACUGCCACCCAAAUGAAGAGGGGGGCGGCGGGAUGCGUUCAGCGCACAUGCAACCUGAUGAACGGUACAGAAAGCGAGCAAAGUAUUGAGGAGGACAUUAUCAUCAAGCGACAGCGCCAAGAGCUUCGCAUUUUGUUUAAUUUUGGAGCCAGGCCAGGUCACUCCGGCUUCGGCUCUCUAGAGAUAUUAUUUGACACGGAUGUGACAAUCUAAUGACAAGCCUGGCAAAGGCCACGACUGAGGCACAGACACGACUUGCCACGCCUUGCCACGCCUUGCCGCGCCUUGCCACGCCUUGCCACGCCUUGCCACGCCUCCUGGCUCGAGCAACAGACCCGGACUAAGGCCUAAUUGCGGCCAUCAUCUGAAAACCCACCAGCAUCGACACACGGCAAGGAGACCAACUCAAUCUCCAAUUGGAAAAGCCCAAUCGGCUCUUUUCAGAGCCACCAAAGCAAACGCCAAAGAGUCUCGAAUGCGUUCAAUGCGAGCCAAGUUUCAAAUAAAAAUCACAAACAGAAUCUGAAAGCAAGUGUACAAAUGAAAAUCUUUGUCAUAGAUAUAUAU